UCAGUCCAAAUGUUUUUUCUACAAACUCAUCACAGAAAUAUUCAUCUUUUUACAUACUCCACUCACACACAAAAGCUGUAGGCUACACCCUUUAAAGCUAAUAAUAUAUUUAUAUUUCUCGGUUGUUGGGUAGUUUUACAAAACAAAUGAAAUGUUCAGAGAGAAGCAGAUUGAUGCACUUGUAUGCUUGUCAUUUUUUUUUCAAAUACUUAUGCACGCACAUUUUCAAAACCUAAAUAAACUCUUUUUUUAUAUGCUCUACACACCAAUCCAAGAAUUGCACGAAAUGCAAAAUGCCUCGCACCUCUUACGAUAGGUAAAAAUAAAUAACACGAUAUGUAACGCGUGCAUUUUUGCCAUAACAUUUUGUGCAAGUGAAAAUUGAGAACUGCGUCAAAAACUUUCUGAAACUAUGUGACCAGUGAAGAUUCUGUGUGUAAGCGGUGGACAUAAUAAUAAUUAUAAUAAACUGUCCCCUGCAGAAAGGCUCUUCGCUAAAUGCGUCAGGCUGCGUCUCAUUAUCCUAUCGAUUGUAUUUUUGCAUCUUUCACACCGCGAAUAAUCCAUGCAUAUGUAUGCCAUUGACCACUGGCGGUGUUUUGAGCCGUUUUCUUCCUCCUCAAGCACCGUGGGGCCGGUUCUGGUUCAGUGUCCGCGAUCACGUGAUCCCCGUCGCAGCCGAAGGAGAGCGGAGAGCGACUCAAGGAGAACACGUCCCUUCCGCGCAUCUUCAUUUGGCAGCAUGCGUCUCGCAGGAAGCGGCACGGCGUUCUGAAGGCUGUCGUGGGUCACGCGUGAACAUGCUGCGCUUUAUCCUGGACUGUCUGCGGCCGGCACGAGCGCGCGCUGCAGCCGCCGCCAGGGACACGGAGCUCGAGGCUCAGGUCAACGCUUCAGAUGAUAAUGAAAUCAAGGGCCUGCAGGAUGAGGUGCACGUGGAGCAGGAGACCCUCCAGACGGUCAAGGCCUCGUGCCGUAACACGCAGGAGACCGUGGAGAUGCUGGAGGACAGGAAGAGCCAGCUGAAGGAAGAACUGAAGAUGAUCUAUGACCUCCAGAAACAGGAGAGGGAAAUGCUGCAGUCUCUGCAGGAGGAGCAGCAGGAGCUGGAGCAGACCGUUCAGCAGUACGACGUGGAGCUGUGCGCCGCGGCCGAAGACCUCCUGCAGCUCCAGCGGGAAGUGGCUUACGCCAAAGCACACGCAGAGAGCCUGCAUCUCCGGGUCACUCCGCUGCAGGACCUGUUCGAGGAGAUUAUACAGGUCACAGUUAAAAAGAAGCUGGCUGAGCUGGUUGCUGGCCUCAUAACUGGUGAAGGUUCAGUGGCUGAGAUGACAGAAGAAGCUCCUUUUGUCGGUUCGGACGAACACAUGGACGAUGUAGAAAGCGAGAGAGAUCGCGUCUACAGAGAGAAGAUCAAGUCCGAACCAGGAGGAGAGGAAGUGAACGAUGCUGAGCAAGAGGACGCUGGAGAGGAGCUCGAUAAAAUGCAGUAUUCGAUGGAGAACUUGAAGAGCAGUGGCUCAUCGUCUUUCACUGAGAUCACACUGACAGAGGUCAAAGAGGAGGACGUUAUGUUCAGAUCAACCACUCCACAGUCUGACUCUUCGGACAUGGAGAAGGAGGACUUUGAGAUUAUUCAUUCCAGUCAGGUGACAAACAAACAGUUUGACUUCUUCCAUCCAAACCCUUUCACUGAUGCUGAUGUAUUUGGAGAGGACCACUUUCCAAAGGUUGAUGUAACAGAGCAAUUACCCAGGGACCCGUUCAAAGGCACAGACCCUUUUGCCUCUGACUCUCUCUUGGCUAACAUGUCAGAAGAAAAGCAUUUUCAGGAUGACUUCAUCCCUGAAGAGAACAGUCUUCCAGCAACCGUACACUGCCCUCUCCAAUCCGUUGUGAAAGAUUACGGUACUUUUAACGCUCCCAUCAACUUGCCGUCGGACACUGAUCGCACACAGUCCACUGGAAAGCGUGAUAGCGGUGUGUCCAUGUCCAAUGAAAGCAGGAGUCUCAAAUCUUGUAGCGAUAAUGGGUCUGAGUUUGGGACGAACGCCACACAAGACCGAAAUCAUGACGCAGUUGAAGCUGUUGCUCCUCAGUUCAAUGACGAGUUUGUCCAUGAAUCAGACUCUAGUCACAGUUCUACAGUGUUUAAUUCCAUCGACGCUGAUUCCAAUGUAUUCGCAGAAGAGGAUGAGGACAGGGCUGAUGUUCUGGCUGGAUCUGGUUUAAUUAAAAGAGCUAACUCUCUGUGUGGUCUGCAGAGCAUCAUUGCAGGGUCCUAUACUGGGUUUCCUCUAAGUCCAUGUGACCCUGAUCCACUCCAAGGCGACUUCCAGAAGACCUUCGAACGCCAUAUUAUCGCUUCUGAACAAAAUGCUGCAAAUGACAAAGAACUCAUAAAAACGGAGAGUUUAUCUCCACAUAAUAGUGUGUGUGAACAGUUGCAUGAUAUAAACAGCAAUGCCUCUAGCUCUCCUCCCAUUUCUCCUUCUCAGCCUUCUGCUUUAGAUGUAUAUGACUACAAAUAUGGAGAUAUGUACUUCUUCACUGUGAGAUUGGAUCCCGGUAGCCCUGAACUACACAAUCAAAGUCCAGUUUGUCCUGAACACAAUGAUGCAAAGAAAGAUGAGUCCAAUGGCCAAAUGGAUUGGAAGGACACCCCCCUGAGCCCUGAAUUUAAUGAUGUAGAUGAAUUUGAAUGCUCCAGUCCAAAUCCUGAAGACACAGAGCAACACAACCAGAUCACAAACGACGAGAAUGAAGUGGAGGUGGAUAUCGCGACAAACAGUGACCCUCCCAAACAUGAUGAAAUAUUAGUGCCUGAUUCUGAAAAGGUGGUUUUAGAUAUUCCAUGUCUUACAUUUAAUGAUUCGAAUGGCUGCCAAAGUGUGCUUGACUCAGAGUGGAAUGACCAAUGGAUGACAAAUCUAGACGAAGCCGAACCUGUUCCCGAUGCGUCCAUCCUGAACACAGAAAGCAAUGCACCAAAUUCUACAUCUCAAGACGUCUUUUGCCUGUUUAGUGACUCGGAAACAUCAGCUACUGAUCCUUUUUACGCCCAAGAGCAGCUCAGCCCUGAAUCUAGCAGCUCACCACACAAACCUUCUUCUUCUGAAGCCUUGGCCAUGAGUAAACUUGAACUCCAGUAUUUUGACCCAUUUAGUCCCACACCCGCUGAGCCGGUCGAAGGCGUUUCUGACUUCGAAGAAAUGAACACUGUUAACUCGUUCUGUCAUGAAGCUCCGAGACUAGAUUCUGGUUAUCAUGAAGUUGGUACUCCUACUCCUUUUAGUCCAGAAGCUGCUGACAAAACCAAAUGUAGCAUUGAUCUUCAAGGCCCAGGUUUGGAAAUCAGGAAGCAGAGCAACUCUGAAAUCCACGUCCCUGAUCCGUUUAGUCCAGAAUCCGUCGAUACGGGCAUCUUUGACUCGGAAACGGAAAACUGUGAGUCUGGUUAUAUGAUAACUACAUGUCAAUUCUUAAGUCCUCAACCAGUUUAUACAGAUUUGAAUAAUCUGGAAGAGAAGCAGAUAUCCUUUGACUUGCUAAGCGAUCGUCUCAGCGUAUCUGAACAUGACGAUUGUUACCCCUUUGGUUCGUGCCCAUCUAAUGAAGAGAGUUACGCUUAUAGUAGCGAAGAAAAACUCAUUGAACCAAUCCGAGAAGGAUCUGAUGCUUCAGGAGAAUCCAAAGCUUGCUCAGUAGUGUCAAAUGGUAGUGAUUCCUCUCAAAUAUUUCACUGUGGUUCGGUGUGGGGAACCUCUGAAAUGAGCUUUCCUGACUCUGAAGUGCUCGACCCAAUGAAAAACAACACUUUUGAUUUCGAUACAACGGAUGUUGGCUCAUUUGGGUCCAAUGAAAGCCAAGAAGCUGAAGAGGCUGAACAUGGUGCUGGAAAAGUGCCGAAAAACGCUGACCUGGCUGAAAUUGACUAUUUCUGUUCUGAGCUCAGUAAAAUGGUAUCCUCAAGUUCAUCUGAUUCUGUUCAGCAAAGUGUUGCUGAGAUGUUAUUCGGCUCUGAACCCAACACCUCAAGCUUUUAUCCCUGGGAUUUUGAAAAGCCGCAACACAGUUGUUAAGUUUUCAUACCCACCGUGUUUAAUCCAUCUCAUUAACUCACAAGUUGCAUUUUCAUCUGACUUUCCAUUGUUAAAUGGGGAAAAAAAUGAAUUAAUUGUCUAAGUGUGAACAUUUGUAAAUGUCAAAGAGUAUCUAAACCUCAUGCGAUUCACUUUUGUAGCUGCAUUUCUAAUAGUUGUAGUCUUUCCAUUAUUUGAUUUAUUUAUUUUCAAAUGCCAGUUAUAACCAAAUACUAACUGCUGAUAUGUAGCAUAAUAAAUAUGUAACAUUUUAAACUUCCUCUGCUGGACUUUGGAGUUAUGUCCAUUUAAAAUGAAUGCUGGGAUUAUUUUCAAAAAAAGCAUUUAAAAGAAAUAUUAUUCAAAUGCAGUGCAUGUAUGUGUGUACAAUACCAUUCAUCAAGUAACACUGAAAUUAAUUUUUAGUAAAUGGACAGAUGUAUAACAUUUAUUUUUUUAAGCAUUAUUUGUCUUAGAUCUAAUAUUUUAUUUAUUUUAUGUGGAAAUUGUACUGAGAUUUGUAUGUUGUGCCCAAGCAACUGCACCUUAAGAUGAUUGCCCCCAAAACACAUGGAGAAACACUGCUGCAUGAUUAACAUUAAAAAUCACGUAUGACUUUUCAAAAUGCUUACCGUAUUACUAGCCUUCAAAAGAUGGUUUCAUUAAGUGUUAAGCAUAAGGCAGUGGCUAUAAUUUUCCCAUUUUCAGUGUGACUAAAUAAAUUUAAUCUGAAAAUCACUCUUAAAUUCAGUCGUACAGUAAAAACAUUUUAGCAAAACAACUACAGUAAGACUGCACACUAUGCACUACAUUGAAGCUAGGGUAGGCAGUUCAUGCUUUACUGAUGUCAUCUAGCACAAAGCAGCCAUAAAAGAUGGAUUGACGGCCGUAUGUGUCAAUAAUGUUUAAUACAUGUUGCAUUGCCACUGAAUUAAAUGAUAGUUAAAACACUAAACUGAAAGACUGAAAUCUAUUUAAUGCUACGGUGGUUAAACUAAAUGUCUGUUUACGUCACAAUGAUAAUAAUGUGACUAUCUGUUACAAAUGUGAUCAUGUAUUUGGAGUGUGGAAAAUGUGUAUGUUAGUACAAAAAAAAGAGUUGUACCUCAUUUAUAUUUCCAGUUGUAUAAACAGGCUGCACAGGGAAUUGGAAAUGAACAAAUGUGGGUGAAAACUGGGUUGUGAGCGUUCAAAGCAGAAUAAAUAAAUCGCACAUCUCAAAACUGUUGUGAAAGCUUGUGUGCCUCUAAUAAUAAAAGUUAACAGGUAAAUGAAGACGGCAGCACAGGUGAGAAUAUAUGUCCUCGAAAGAAGCCGGUACAUUUCUGGCAGAGCAUAAAACUAGGGUUGAUGCGUAUGAGCUCAGAAAUCGUUGCAUGCUAAGAAUAAGGAACAGCAAUGUACUCAGUGUAAAAAAAAAAAAAAAAAAACUACCAUAAUUGACAUGUUAUUGCUGUAAAACGUAGAAACCGAAAUGUAGAAAAACAAUUGCUGAAUAAAACAUGAAAAUGUGCCUUUUAAA